AAAACAGAUGAGCUCCGACAAGAAAUGCUGGAUGAUGUACAAAAGAAACUGAUGAACUUAGUCAACAGCACAGAAGGAAAAGUAGACAAAAUCCUAAUGAGAAACCUCUUCAUUGGACAUUUCCAUACACCAAAGAACCAGCGUCAUGAAGUGUUACGAUUAAUGGGAAGCAUUCUGGGUAUCAAAAGGGAGGAUAUGGAGCAGUUGUUGAAUGAAGAUCAGGGUGGAGUUACCAGAUGGAUGACUGGGUGGCUUGGAGGAGGAUCAAAAAGUGUCCCCAACACACCUCUGAGACCAAAUCAGCAAUCUGUGUUUAAUAGUUCUUUUUCAGAACUUUUUGUUAAAUUUCUAGAAACAGAAUCUCAUCCAUCUAUUCCACCACCAAAGCUUUCUGUUCAUGAUAUGAAACCACUAGACUCACCGAGAAGGAGAAAACUAGAUAUAAAUGUACCGGAAAGUUUUAAAGAUACGACAGAACCCAGGCCUGGGAGAAGAACAGAUGUGAGUCCGUUCUUGGCUCCCCGCUCUGCGGCCGUGCCUCUCAUGAACCCGGCUGGCCUUGGGCCUGGGGGGCCUGGGCACCUCCUUUUGAAACCCAUUUCAGACGUGCUGCCCACGUUUACGCCUUUGCCAGUGUCGCCUGACAACAGUGCCGGGGUUGUGCUGAAGGACCUUUUGAAUCAAUAGAUGACUCUCAAGCCAGAGACGACAUGCACAGCACUUUAGAGAAACACUAAAUGUAUGUACUUUAUCACGAAGUGGCCUUUUGGAAAAAGUCAUGUAUUUGUUUGCAGUUGUACUUUCUCUGAAUUUAAUAAAAAUAUUUGUAUUGUUUUUAGAAAUUGCAGGUGUCACAGGAGGAAGUGUUUGCUAUAUAUUUUUUUCCUUCUCUGUUUUAACCUAAUUCAGGCUAGAAACAUUUGAUUUUUUAAUCUUAACUUAUGGAAGUAAGUAAAAUAAAAGUAGCUAUAUAUCAGGUUUUGAUUUCUUCCUCUGAUUUUCAAGUUAAUUUAGGCUAGUUGAGACAUGUGGUUGUCUUUUAAAGAUAAUCAUGAGAUUUACCCAAAAAAGAAAGAAAAAGAAAAGGAAGAAGAAAUAAUAACUGUGGCUUAUAUGCAUAGUGCAGAAAAUUGACCUGAAGUGUAUAUUAAUCAUCUUUAUAGAGGAUUUUGUGUAGACAGGACAAGAAAAGGUUGCCCCUGGGAGGACUUAGGUGUCUUGAGGUGGAAUGUGUGUGUAUUUUGUUCUAUGCAACUUUAUCACAUGUGUAAAUCCAUGUGACCACCACUACAGAACAGAUACAUCAAGAACCCCUCGUGCUACCCUUUUUACAGUCAUAGCCACCUCCUUCUUUAGCCCCUCCCCAAACUUCUGGCAACCACUCACUAUUCUCCGAUUUCUGUAACGUGCUAUAUAAAUGGAAUCCAUAGGAUGUAACCUUUUUGAGAUUGACUUUUUCACUGAGUGCAAUGCCCUUGGAAAUCUAUCCAAAUUAUUGCGUGUAUCAGCCUUUCUCUUUUUGUUGUCAAGUGCAUACUAUGGGCAUAUGAUUUGAUUUUAAGAGGUAAGGUGUCUUUUUAAAGUUAUCAUCUUAAAGCUACUUGUUUUUUCACACCUAUAUAUACAACUUUCAUGUAAGUGUUAAAUCAUACAGCUGCAUUUACAGAACUAUAAUGAGCAAUAUCACUAAACACGGCCCCUCCUUCCUCUGUCUGAGAUGUCCAUGUGACAGGCAUGUUAGUCCAGGAGUUGUCCACUUGCAUCCUCACGGUCACCGAGGGCAGUGGAAUUACUUUAGCAACACCAGCAUCAGGUGUUUGGAACUUAAGAAUAAGGGAGUAUUUCUUUAAUUUUUUUAUAAACCUAUCAUAAAAAAAUCCUGGCUUGGAACUUAAUCAGGAUGUUCAUGUUUGUAUAAGUUGUUGAAGUUGUAUAUUUAAAGACAUUUCUUGCAAAUUUUGUAAAUUUCACUAUGCCUUUAAAAUAGAAACAUCUAUAUAACAAAGAAGGGUGGAAAUGAUAUUGAUCCAAAUAUGUAAAUAGUUCUGGCUCCAGCCAGGGCUAAAUUUGAUCAUUUGUAAAUUUUGCUGUGAUUAACUGUAUACUUUCUACUGUAUUUAGAAGCUUGGAAGUCUUUAUGUGUUGAUGGGUGAAACUGGUGUUUCUGAGGAAUUCAGUAACCGAGACAUUGCUGCUUCACAACGUCCUGUCUCCUUAGCUAACUUAUUUAUAUUGCCAUUCUUUAUUUAGUGUGCCUAAAGGAAGUGGUCAUCCAGUUCUAUAUUAGAACUGCCAAACUGCCUCCUGUCUGUUUUGCCCAUUAUUUCUCUUAUAAAAUUAUUACCCUUGGGAUCCUUUCAAAGAUACUUUCACUGACCAGUCUAAAUUAUUUGCUGCUUGCCAUUGAAGUUUCAUUUCAGUGUGGAGCAUCUGAAAUAAAAAUUUCUAAGUUAAAAAAAAAAGACACAUGAUCCUUCAUUUUGAAGAAAUAGAAAAUGCAUAGAGUUUUUCUCUUAUAAUUUGAGAAUUAAAAUUUAAGUAGUGGGUAUUUAAGUAUCAUGUCAUCGUAUUUUAAAUGCCUUUCAUGACAAUUUAAGUAUUUCCUUCCCUAUUCAAACAGCCUGUCUCUCUUCACCCCAUAGUUUAACAUAAGUUUGAAAGCUAUUAUGGGCAUACAGCAUGACCUUACAUGGCUGCUGUUUAAUUAUGUGACCUCGAACUGAAGCUGUAGUACCUAAUGUUUCAGCUGUAUCAUCAUUGAAACUAUAGCUGCCUGGUAUGCAUACUAAGUGUUUGUUGAUCUAAACCAGACAUAACUCAUCUACUUUCCUGAAACUAAGUUGUGUCAGAGAUGAACCAUCUGCUCAAGGAAUCUUCUUAGUAACCAGCCAUACAAUGAGGAAGCAUAUAAUUCUAAUGUCAGCAGUAGGACAUUUCUAACAAUAAUUUACUGCAGUCGUUUAACGACAGUAAUUUUACUGUUUACUUCUCUGCAAACUUACUAGGAUUUGUGGUUGAAUUUUGCUUUAGCUGCCACAGUUUUUCACAACAUUCCUAAUGGUUUUCAACUGCUAAUACUAUAAUAGAAAAUCCAGCCAGACAUUGAAUUUGAUUUAGUACAAUUCUGUAUCAUAUGGCCGUUUGAAUUUUAGUUCCUGCCAUUAUUUAUUUAAAAGAAAAAAAAAUGGGGAAAGAAUUUAAUUCUUUAAAACCGCCACUUAAAAUAUUAAAUAUCCCCCCCAAAUAAAACCUCCAGUUUAUUUUAACCAUUCAAUGGUUAAUCAAAAGGGAGAAAAACACUUUUAAAAUAACUUAUUUGAUCAUUAGGUGGAAAAUAUAAAAGUGUCCUCAGGGACAGGGGAGGGAUGAGAAUACUUAGAGCUAUUAUGUAUCAAACUUAGAGCAUUUGAAUUUGAUUUAAACCUAAUGAAGUUUUUCAUAUAUCAAAGUAUUUAAAGCGUCUUCCAUCAAAAAAUUUAAUUCUGUAAAUAUCAAGUCAGUUAUACUUGAUAUUUAUUUUAUAUAUUCCUAUGGAAAAAGUAAAGACACUCUUAAUGUUCUGACAUUUGUGAUUAUUUGCCAGUGUUUACUUUUUAACUUAUUCAGGUUUCUGUACUUAAAAUUGAUCAAUUGUCUUGAUUUUUAGGGAAAUAACUAAAUAGGGGGAAUUUACAACCCAACUAUAGUAUUGGGUUGUGUUUUAUAGAACUAAAGUCAAUGCAUUUCUGAAUUUCUCAGGAGCGCUGCAAGGCAAAAAAA